AUGACCGGACCACCUCCCGGAACAAGCCUUGAUGCCGACGACUACAGCUUCGGGGAAACCUCAUCAACUCUUAUGAAUGCAAAGUUAUCCUUGCACACCUUAAUCGCUUCAGACUUCACCGGGGUUGAUCCCUACAGCUUUCAGGAAAAUCACCUCCAGACUAUGAGAGUGCUGUGGGAAGAAACGCCGCCUAGUUCCAGAUACCAUUACCGCGUUAGGAGGCGUGUGGAGCAAUGGUUCAUUACCAUUGGCCAAGUCAGAGACUUCGCUGUCAAUCAUAACAUCAGAUGUUCACGCUUGGAAGAGGCACAAUACCGGGAGAUAGUGAGGCUAAGAAUUGCGGUGCAUUCCGACCAGGACAAGGGUCAAGUAAUAAAGGACCGAAUGAUUAUCCUGGGAUACGGAGGGAUGGAUAUUUUGGUUCCCGUUACCGGGGUUGAGGGGGACCCUCCCAUCGAGUCAAUCGACUUCAUGAGCAUCAGGGCCGCGCACCUACUCCUGGUAGCGGCAUGGAACAACUUGGGGAGGGAGCUUCAAGUGGUUCGCCGUGUUGAAGGACUCGAGCGCAUUUUUGGUUCCAAUUCACUUACUGAGGAGGAGACGCAUCUUUCCGUUGCAAUCUUGGCAUAUUGGCUUGCCGAAGUAGACCUGGCAUACGGGGAACUAUAUCCCGACCGACCCUACAAUUACGCUGAACUAGUGGAGGGCUGUUGA